AUUUUGAGAUCAAAUUGUUUUGAGAUUCCCAUAUGCCCAAAUUCUUCCAAAGUUUUGUGCUUUUCUAGAGAGAGAGGGAAUGGGGAGGAAAUGUUCACACUGUGGGAAGGUGGGUCACAAUUCAAGAACUUGCACCAUUAGAGGGAGAUUUAAGCUAUUUGGAGUUCAACUUGAUGGAGCAGCCAUGAAGAAGAGCUUCAGCUUGGAUUGUUUGCCUUCUUCUUCUUCUACUUCUUCUACUUCUUCUUCUGACAUUAAAUUGGCAACUGGGUAUCUCUCUGAUGGCCUCAUCACCAAAACCCACGAGAGAAAAAAGGGUGUGCCAUGGAGUGAAGAGGAGCACAGAGUGUUUCUAGUUGGGCUAGAGAAGCUUGGAAAAGGAGAUUGGAGAGGAAUCUCAAGGAAAUUUGUGACGACAAGAACUCCAACUCAAGUGGCCAGCCAUGCCCAAAAGUACUUCCUCAGACUCACAACCCUCACCAGAAAAAAGCACUGCCGCCCCAGCCUUUUCGAUGGUGGUGCAAGAGACAAAUUCACAAUGCAAGUGGUUGAGAGCAGCAAUUCCAACUCCAAGCCAACCAGCAACCUGCCAGCUUCUCCAUCCAAUAUUUCCUUUGGGAUUCCAUCAAAAAAUUCAACUCCAAUUAAUAUUCCCAAAAUGACCUUGAAUCACCAUCAUCAUCAUCAUAAUUCUUCAGUGCCCAUUUGGUUUGGUUAUGAGCCAUCAAAAAAUUCAAGCUCAAUAGUGAAUUACCAUUCUCAUGGAAAAAAGAAGACAAUUUCCCAUCAUCAGGCACCUGAUUUGCAGCUCAGUUUGUCAACUCCAAAGCCAGUUCAACUACCAGCUGCCAUUAAUGGAGCAAUUUCAGUGACAUGAAAUCAUGACCAGAGCCUUCUUUGAUAUGGAAACUUAAUUUGUUUUGCUCUUUGAUAUGAUAAAUAAGAUCAUUUGAGGAGUUUUUAGCUAUGGUAUGCAAUAUUAUAGUUACUAAUAAUUUCAAUUUGUACUUAAUGAAGUGGAACCUCUCACUUAAUGGAAUAGCAAAUUAGGACUUACCGAUUAUCAUC